CGUAUUCAUUUAAAUUUCUUAUAGAACCGUUUUAUAUUGCUUAUUCACAAGAUAUGUUUACAAAAUGACCUACUUAUUUUGUGUAAGAAAUAUAUAAUAUUUGUUGAUCGAAAAUGGAUUCAAACACAGAGCAAAAUGAAAGACUAAACUUACCAGAGAAGAGUAGUUCUUCCAGUACUGGAGAUACGUCACAAGGAAAACGAAGCUCAGGAGAGUCUGGUGAAAGUUCACAAAGAAGAAGAUGCAUAAGUACAGCUUCAAGUACGGAUUUUUCGUUCAAAGAUGACCCACACUUGGACACAGUUUCCAUACUGACAAAUAUAGGUACUGAUGAUACCCACCCAGUAGGAGACAGAUCCCUACACGGAGAUGACUAUUCUGGAAGUUCACAGAUAAAUGUAUCGGGAAAAACAGUCCUGAUUGGUGAAACUAUUAAUUAUAUCAUUCAAAAAGCCGAAGAAGAUGAAAGUAUACAGAGAGAAGAGAUCUUUAAAGAAAAAUUUAAGUCAAUGGAAGAAGUUUUUGUUGAAACGAAAGGGUAUGCUAAUGCAAAGGAGAAAUUAGAGACAAAACACCAUGUGUUGAUAACAGGAUCACCUGGGGAAGGCACCACGCUCAUAGCAAAUAAGCUUGUAAGCGAUAAAAUUUCACAGGGAUAUUCUUUAAAAGAAGUUGACGAUGUCAGACAACUACGUCAAGUUCACUGGAACAAACACCAAAUAAUUUUAAUGGACGAUCUAUUCGGAUACUCAGGAAGCAAAAUCGACCAAAAUCAGAAACUAGUUUCUGAGAUUGGACACAUUAUUGAAGAAAGGAUGAGAUAUGAUGAAUUUUUAUUUGUAGUGAUGACAUGCAGAAAUAGUAUUCUUCAAAGAAUCAAAACAAGCUUGAAAAGCUAUCGAGUUUUAGAUAACUCGAAUGUUGUAGAUUUGUCGGAGAUUGAAUUAUCACAACAGGAACGACUAGAAAUACUAGAAAAACAUCUUGAUAAAUACCGAUCACGGCAAUCUAUAGACCCAGUAAUAAAGCAGGCGAUCAGCAAAUGCAAACAUCCAGGUUUCCCUUAUUGUGUUUACAUGUUUACUCGUAUCGACAAAUUAUUUGAUCAAGGAAAACUUUUUUUUGAUUCCCCUAUUCAGUUUGUUCGAGAGGAAAUACACGUUCUUUCUGAAAAUGACCCCGACAUUUACGCUUUAUUAUUGUUUCUUCUGAUAAAAGAUGGGGAGAUUCAAGAAAAAACACUACAGUCGCUUGACGAUAACUGCAACGAGUUUCAUCUUUUACAAAACAUUGGUAACUUUCCAAACGCUACACAGCUUGGUCGUCGUCUUUACUCUGCAAUAAAAAGGGUUGAUGCAGCGUUUGUCGUAAAAGAGAACUCCAACAUUCACUUUAGACAUUCAUGUGUGUUGGAAGCUAUUUGCUUUUCGUUUAGCCAAACUCUCGAACAUCAAGCAGUUAAGUGGUUACCGUUUGAUUUUAUUGUGAAACGAAUCAGAACUGACAGAUCUGAGAAGUCAAAUGAUAAUGAAAUAGUAACAAUAGGUCCGUCUGUAUACGACUAUCUGGCAGAGAGAUUUAUCAAUGAAAUAAAAUUGGGAAAUUUAGUCGAAGUGUGUAAACAUGAAGCAUUUCGAAAUGGAAGAUUCGUCACAAGUUUUUGCGCAAUUUUGGAAGGAUUAUUGACUAACGACAUUAACCAGUUUCGAUUUAUUCUGCAAAUUACAGAAAGGGAAAACCAUUUAGGAGCUUUAUUUAAUGGCUCUUUAUUGUACUGGUCUGCCUCCUUAAAUUCAGAGCUAUUAUGUUCUUCAUUACUUGCAAAACAUUUCUAUGAUAACAUAAAAAAUCAAUUUUGGGUUCGAAUUCAAGCUUCUGCUGCCCUUGUUCCAGCCUGCUGGUACGGUUUCCAAGAAACGGUGUUGAGUUCUUUGCUAGAAUUAAAUGCAGAUAUCAACAGUGCAAUGCAUAAAGAACGCAGGUUACAAACCUAUUUGUGUGAUUUUUGUACUGUUCACGAUGACGAAGGAAUGACUGUUAUCCAGGCUAGUGUAUUCGGAGAUAAUUUACAAAAACAUGUUACCCUUGCUUAUCUCCUAAAAAACGGGGCAUGUUUUAAAGAAUUUUCCUACAACAAACCAUUGAUAAAAGCCAUAGAAAUCUAUGACGAGGUAUUAAAAAACGGUUCGAAAGAUAUAGUUACUGCAAAGAUGACCAUACAAACAUUAUUAGAUGGAGGCGCUAACGUUAACUGGAAAGAUCGACAUGAAAACACAGCUCUUUGGUAUGCCGUCCUCAACGACAAUGUUGAGAUUGUAGAACUGAUUAUUGCUAAAUCACAGUCUAUUUUUCCUCAUUCCCUUCUUCCGUUUUCAAGAAGUUUAAACAUGGUGAAAUUGAUAGAACAACACAAUAUCGAUAAGGAUUUUCACCAGACAGACGUCAGUGGUAAAACUUUGCUGCAUCGGGUCCAACACGAAAGUUUGAUAUCUUAUUUCGUCAACAAAGGUUGUUCGUUAAACCAAAGAGACAAGAAUGGAAGAAUUCCCCUGUUUUAUUCUAAUUCGAUUGCUAUUUACAAAGAAUUCAUGGCAAGAGGAUCUCCUAUCAACACUACAGAUUACUAUGACAAAACUAUUCUCCAUUUUAUAAAGCGUCAGGAUAUAAUUGAAUAUAUCUUAAAUACCGCGUCUGACGAGGACAUAAAACGAUACAUCAAUAAAGUUGACAAGCUAAACCGUACUCCGAUGUUUUCAUGGACAUCACCACACAUUAUAAAGCUAUUUCUGGAACACCAUGCAAAUGUUAACCAUCAAGCCGAAAAAUAUAGCGUAAGCGAAAGUGAAGCAAGCAAAGGAAAGUAUAUCUACGAAGAGAUUAUAGAUUCUGCAAAGCAAAUGAGACUGUCAUACAUUUAUUCAGCUAGAUUUAUAAUGAGCCUUGAUGAUAAUCUGUCCGAGGUUUUGUCAAUUGAAACUGGACAAUCUGAUGAUGCUGCAAAUACAAUUUAUCACAGUCACCAAACGUCUGGUAUGUCGUCAGAAUCAAAUAGUUCAACAAAAUCAACAAACGCAAGUAGCAGCAGCGACAAAAGCAACGAAGACAAUGCUGAAGAACCAGAUACAAAAAACUAUUCAGUUGCAAUGAAACUCGCUCUGAUUGGUAAACUUUCAGUUGAAAUUGUAGAAAUUUUGAUUUCAUAUGGUGCAGAUUUCAGUUUAAAAGACUGUGAAGGUAAAACAAUUCUUCAUUGUAUACUUGCGCCAGAAAACAAAAUAAAACAAGUAGCAGACAUUGUCCAGAAAGUCCUGGGAGCCUCAAAAUCAAAGGAUUUACUGAAUAUUCAAGAUGCAUAUGGAAAUAGUGCAAUUCAUUUGGCUUGUUCGUGCAAAGAAAUAAAUAAACUAUCACAAGAAAAUAAAACUGCAGUUAUUGAGAUUUUAUUAAAAAAUGGAGCAAAUAUGCAUUUGUUAAAUGACAACCGCGAAAGUCCCUUACAUUGUUUGUUGAAGUGUAAUUGUUUAGGAAAGAAAAACAUCUUAGUUUUAAUAGAGAAAUAUUCCCAUGGGAAUUUGAACGUUUAUGGUCAAAAUAAAUGGUGUGAAAUACCACUGGAAAGUCUUUGUUUAAUUAUGGAUCAGUCAAAACAUUUUUUAACGGACUCAAGAAAAACAAUUACGUUUUUGUAUAAAGAUGAGCUAUUGAAGAAAUACUUGUUUUCACACCUUGAUUUUGUCUUUAAAAGUUGCAAUAUAGCACUACUGGUUGCGAUAGUACAAUGUUGUCCUGAGUUUCUCUCAAGGGAAAAUGAAGAAUUACAGGAUUACUUCAAGGACCAGCAACAUUUCCAAAGCGUUCACUUGUGGGUACUUUUUUCCUUGAUAGAUUUGCCUGAACGAACAUUUUGGUUAAAACAAAUAGAACUUCAAGUUGAUGAAAUCCAUUUCUUGCUUAGGGAAUGCAUUCUUCAUAUUCAUGACGGUAAAGUUUUAAUAACUGUACUGGAAAUAUUACUUCGCCAUGUUCCGAAUAUAAAUGAACUCAACACAGAAGGAACAUCUUUGCUAAUAACUGCUACAAUGGCAAGUAGAUAUCAAAGUAAGGAAAUUCACCGGAUUGUUCGACUUUUCCUCAAUUUGGGGGCCGACCCAAACGUACAAGAUAAGGACGGAUUAACUCCCUUUCAUCACUGUAUUUUAUCCAGCACCAGAGACGAUCGAGUUCUUAGAUGCGCGGAAAUAUUCAGAGAAAAGAAAGCAAAGUUUGAUAUUGGUAAUUCUCUUUUAUUAGCGGUUGAUAUCAACAGGCUUAGAACAAAAACGAUCAAAUAUUUGCCUUCUAGUGUACUUCCUCAUCAGAAAGAUGAAAAAGGAAACGCUUUGCAUCAUCUAGUAAUAGCCUAUUCCAAAUAUGGACGCAGUUUCAGAGUUUCAACGUCCUCAUUAGUAGCUCUUGUUGACAGAGGUGUUGAUAUCAAUAUGUACAACGAUGAUGGAGAAACACCACUUCAUCUUGCAAUGAAACGACAAGUACAGUCCCAUGUAAUAAUAGACAUGCUACGAAAUGGUGCAGAUGUAAAUAAAAAGAAAGGCCAUCAAGCUUGUAGAAAUUCCACUCGUGGACUCGACAGAGAAAUAAUAGAACAAAAAGACGAGACUUGUCUUAGCGAUGGGAAUAGAUCAGCAUUUCAAUAUAUGUUAUUGUAUUUAGACACAACAAACAUGGCGGUAGUGAGAGAAAUGCUAAAAUAUGGGGCGGAUCCAUUUCACAAAGACAUUCAUGGUCAAAAUUCCUUUCAUCAUAUCACAAGCAUGAUGAGACCUAAUUCAUUAAAAAUUCUCCUCCUGCUUUUACACAAGUUUGAAAAUUCUCAGCGUGACAUGAACAUUCAAGACAAUUAUGGAAAUACUGCAUUACACAAUGCAUGCACAUUUAGUAAUAAGGAUGACGUAUGGUGUACUUCUUUACGUGUUGUUGUUACCCGCAUACUUCUGGCCAAAGGUGUGAAUUUAAACGAGGUAAAUAGACACAAUCAAACUCCUUUUCAUUCACUUAUCUUUCAAUUUCAUAAAUAUGUCACAUGUUUCCGAAGUGAAAUUAAGAAAUUCAUUCAUAACAUUGUAGCUUUGAUUAGCUUGUUUCUUUCAUACGACGCUGAUUUGGGGAUAAGAGACGACAAAGACAAGUCGGCUUUGGACUAUGUUGAAAUGUGGAAACUUGAUGAUAUAAAACAACUGAUAGACAAUACAACGACACCAGAGGAUUUAUUCAAGAAAUUAGAGGUUCGAAGUGCUACGAAAUCGACGAAUGAAACAAUGGUUGACUUUGAAGUUGAUCACGGCACAUAACUUUCUGUGAAAAAAGCAACUGUCUAGAUAUUUUCAAGGCAUUGUAUGUUACAAGCUGCAUUCAAUUAGAUAACAAAUGAUGUAUAUAAUUGAAUAAAAGAAUAA